CCUGGCCCCUCCCUCCGCCUGCCUUCAUUCAGUUUCACUUUUGUUUUCCUGGUUCCAGGCCUCCAGCCCGCAAGGGUUGUGAUGGAGGAGGUGGGGGCGGAGGCUGCUGUGGAGCUCCAAGAACUGCCCCCGGAAGUGCCCGACCAGCUGCUCCUGCUCUACUUUGAGAAUCGCCGCCGCUCUGGGGGGGGACCUGUGCUCAGCUGGCGGAGACUCGGCUGUGGGGGCAUCCUCACCUUUCAAGAGCUCGCAGAUGCGGAGAGGGUCUUGGCCCAGACGGAGCAUGAGCUACUCGGUGCCCAGCUCAGCCUGCGGCCAGCCCCACCUCGUGCCCCUGCACGCCUGCUGCUUCAAGGACUGCCCCUGGACACUGCACCCCUGCGUGUGGAACAGCACGUCCAGGCCCUGCUCCGCGCCGUGGGACACCCAGUGCAGCCCUGUCGCGCCCUGGCCAGUCCCCGGCCAGACCGGGCACUGGUCCAGCUGCCCAGGCCCCUUUCUGCGGCAGAAGUUGCUGUCCUGGAGCAGCAGGCCCAGCAUCUGGACCUAGACGGGGCCUCAGUGUCGCUGGUCCCCGUGCCCCAGGCCCGGGCAGUGCGUGUGGUGGGGGACACUCCCCCCGAGGACCAGUUGCUGCUACAGUUGUACCUGGAGAAUGAGCGUCACAGUGGCGGCGGGCCCGUGGAGGGCCUGCGCAGGCUGCCCGGGCCCCUGGGUACCGUCAUCUCCUUCCAGCAGUGGCAGGUGGCAGAACGGGUAUUACAGCGGGACCACUGGCUGCAAGGCUCGAAACUGGACCUCGUCCCUCACUACGAUGUCCUGGAACCCGAGCAGCUUGCCGAGAAUGCCCGCGCGGGGGACCGCCCGUCCGUGCCGGGACCUGGGGCCACUGAGCCUGCUCCCCUGGAAGCUGGAGAGCUGGCCAGGGACCUGAAGGGUGCAGAGCCUGCGGCAGCGGGCUCUGGGAGGGCACCAGGGCAAUCGGAGGCCUCUCUGAGGGCGGGUUCUGUGGGGUCUCUGGGCCCAGAGGACCCGGUGGAGACCAGUGUGGGGCUGCCAGGGCAGGAGGGGGUGGUGGAGACGGUGCUGCCCGCAGAGCCGGGCGCCAUGCGCUUCCUGCAGCUCUACCAUGAGGAGCUUCUGGCCAGCCUGGGUGAUGUCGCCCUCUUUCCCCUUGAAGAGACCGACGUGACCGGCUUUCGGCUGUGUGGAGCGCUGGCCCCAUGCCAGGCAGCCGAUGAGUUUCUACAGAGCCUGCUGGACACCAUUAGCUGCCACGUGCUGUGCCUGAGGCACCCGGGCAGCACCAGGUUCCUGCUGGGCCCCGAGGGGCGGCGCCUUCUUCAGAAGCUAGAGGCUCAGUUCCAGUGUGUCCUGGGGACAGAGCGGCUGGCCGCGGCCAACCCGGACCUGGACCCUGAAGAGGUGGAUCCCACCGAAGCCCUCCAGAUCCUCCCUGGCCAAGUCCACACCCCGGCGCCCCGAGAUAGAACAGGCAGUGACCAGGAGAAUGAGAACCUGGAAGAGGUGCAAGAGCUGCUGGCCACCCUGGAGAGCCUGGACAGGGAGGAGUGGCUACCACUGGAGGUGGGGGAGGAGGAGCCCGAGGAGCAGCUGGUGGAGCCUGUGGCCCCCAGCACUGGAGUCCCUGGGAGGCUGGAGGAGGAGGCCGCGCUGCAGCUGGCCCUCUGUCGGUCGCUGGAACCGCAAGACCAGCUGGUUGAGCAGGAAGAGGCUGCUGCACUGCAGAGGGCCCUGGCCAUCUCCCUGUUGGAGGCACAGGAGCCCUGUGGCGAUGGGUCUGGUGGCAGGGCCCAGCUGGUUGUACAUGUGGCCUCCGAUCAGGACGUGGACGAACUGGGCCUGGCCCUGGAGGCUGCGUUGGAGGCACAGCUCUGGGAGGAGACUGUGGGGCUGCGGGGCCGUGUGCUUCCCGUGGAGCUGUGCGCUCGCCUGGAGAAGCGCCAUGAUGUGAGUGUGGCUCUGCGCAGCGACUGUGCCGUCCUCCGCGGCUUCGGGGCCCAGCCUGCCCGAGCGGCCCGCCACUUGGCUGCACUGCUUGCUGGCCCCUGGGAUCAGAGUGAGGCCUUUCCUUUGGUGGCUGCAGAGCCCACCUUGCCAGAUGAGGGGCUGCAGGGGCCCUUGGGCAGGCUGGAGGGUCUAGCAGAGAGCACCAGAGAGUUCCAGGAUGUGGCGCGGGCCUUCUAUGACACCUUGGAUGCUGCCCACAGCGGGAUUCGCAUCAUUCGGGUGGAGCGCGUGUGGAACCCGCUGCUGCAGCAGCAGUACGAGCUGCAGCGGGAGCGCCUGGAGCAGCGCUGCGUGCGGCGCCCGGCCGAGCGGGUCCUGUAUCACGGCACCUCGGCGCCCGCCGUGCGGGACAUCUGCGCGCACGGCUUCAACCGGAGUUUCUGCGGCCGCAACGGCACGCUCUACGGGCAGGGCGUGUACUUCGCCCAGCAUGCCUCCCUGUCGGUGCAGGACCGGUACUCGCCCCCCGACGCCGACGGCCACAAGGCGGUGUUCGUGGCGCGGGUGCUGACCGGCGACUACGGGCUGGGCCACGGCAGCCUGCGGGCGCCGCCCCCGCGAGCCUCGGGCCACGCGCUGCUGCGCUACGACAGCGCUGUGGACUGCCUCCGCCAGCCCAGCAUCUUCGUCAUCUUCCACGACACGCAGGCGCUGCCCACGCACCUCAUCACCUGCAGGCGCGCGUCCCCGGCGUCCCCCGGGCCCCCCCUGGGGCUCCUGGACAGCUCCCCGGACACCUGACCCCAGAGGCGGCUCUCUGGCCUGCUGCUCCCCAGGCUCCCUCCCCCGGGGACACCCCGCCUGCUGCUGCAGCGCGCGGCCUGCGGCGGGCGCGCAGGGCCGAGGCCCCC